AACUGAAACGGAAACGGAAUCUGCAGUAAUUCGCAGCGAAAGCGUGGCAAUCGGAGCCUCAAACAAAAACAACAUAGCUAACUGGGCGAAAAGGACUGCAGCAAGGGCAAGGGGGCGAGGAGAUGCGGAUGCAAGAAGCCGAGCGGGUGCAGUCGUGUGAAAAUUGUUGUAUCGAAAGUGCAUAAAAUGUGGCCCACAAACAAUUAGCGGAAUAAGCAGAGCACGGAGAACAAAACAAAAGUCGGGCUAACUAGAAAGCAAACAGGAUGUCAAGGACUUGAGCCGGGGGAGGGGCUUGGUGGCGCAGGCUAAGGGUGCCAGGAAGGGUGAGACUAACGGGACUUAGGGCGCAUCAGGAUCCGCAAGUGUCGCCAAGAUGCGUACCUACUACACGGCGAAGGACAUGCGAAAAUACGGCGAUUUGAGCUAUGAAAGCAAAUACCUGCUGGAUCCGAAGUUUAUGACGAAGAGGGAUCUGCAGCAAUACUACCGCUACUACAACAUGAACAAGAAUCGCGGCCAAUUCAAGAAGAUAGUGAUUGUGAUCUUCUGCCUCUGCGUGUUUUCCUACCUGUGCGUGGACUAUAACCUCAGGACGAAGCUGCUCCGUUUCCGCGAUGGCUUCGAUUUCAUGGCGCGCAUCGAGGACCACUAUGGCGGAAAUGUGACCACGGCCUACUUCGUGGACACUCCUGGCUGUCGGAUGCCGCACUUCGAGGUCACCGACGACACCAUUGCCCAGUUCAUGUUCAAGCCACGACCCUACAGCUGCAACAGGCCUCUGGUCCGGACCAGUGACACGGUGCCCGGCGAGCUGCACCUCAACCUGGACUCCAGUGAGCUGCUCGCCUACUACAACAUCAGCGACCUGUCCUCCGUUAACUGCACCUUCUCGGAGGUGAAGCGGAACACCGAUUCCAGCAACAGCCACAGUCCGGCUGUGGGUUUCAAGCUCAAGAAGGUUGUGAAACUUCCGCCCGGCCUGGAGUUCAUUUGCAUGUGGUGCUAUGAUUUCUCGGACAAACUCUUCUACAAGGACUGCCACUUUCUGGCGGUGGACAAGCCGCGGGUAAGACCGCCACUUAAAAGUGGAUCCGAUAGGGUCAGCUUCAACAAGAGCAAGGAUGAGCAGGAACGUCUCUCCGUGAUGAUUCUCGGCAUGGACAGCCUGUCGCACCUGAAUUUCCUGCGGCAGAUGCGCCAGACAGCGAACUAUGUCCGGAAGCAUCUGUCCCACGUGGAAUUGUGGGGCUACAACAAGGUGGGCGACAACACUUUUCCCAACCUUGUGCCAUUGCUGAGUGGAUUGGACGAUCAGGAACUGAACUUGGCCUGUACUCCGAAAACGCUAAGGUCCUACGACAGAUGCUCGUUUAUUUGGAAACGCUACCAGCAGCAAGGCUAUCGCUCCAUUUUCGCCGAGGAUGUGGCCCUGCUCUCGGCUUUCAAUUACAACCAGAACGGAUUCAGGAAGCAGCCCACGGACUACUACCUGCGGCCCAUGAUCAUGGAGAUGGAGAAGACGCUGGCCUUCAAGAAGGACCUCAACAUGCACUUGUGCAUGGGCAGCCGGAGGACUGCGGAUGUGCUGCUGGAGUACAUGAGGAAACUGGUGCCCCGGUUGAGCACGGAUCUCUUCUUCUCCUUCUUCUGGACGGUGGCUCUAACACACGACUACUUCAACUUUCCCUCGCUUCUGGAUCAGGCCAUGUUGACCCAACUGACGCAGCUGCAAGAUUCCGGAGUGCUUAAUCGGACCGUGGUAAUGCUGUUGUCCGAUCAUGGACUGCGAUGGGGCUCCUUUCGUCGAACCUACCAGGGAAUGAUGGAGGAGCGCCAGCCCCUGAUGAUGGUGUUGUACCCACCCUGGAUGAACGAGCGGUAUCCGGAGGCCAUAGCCAACCUUAGGCUAAAUGCCCGCAGGCUGACCACCCCUUUUGACGUCCAUGCGACAAUGCUGCAGCUACUGAAGCUGGGGAACCUGGAGGCGGAUCAGUUGCUGCGCAGAUCAGCGGAGCUGGAUGAGCCGGACAGCACGCUGCCCAGAGGCAUCAGCUUGUUCCUGCCCAUCCCGGCGGCGAGGACCUGCGAGCAGGCGGGCAUUGCCGCCCACUGGUGCACGUGUCACCAGCGCCAGGAGCUGCAGACGAACGAUCCCCGGGUGCAGCGGGCUGCGCGUUAUUUGGUGCGCCUGAUCAACAACCGGCUGAAGGACAGCUCGCAGUGCAGGACGCUCUACCUGAACUCCAUACUGCAGGCUCUUAUUGCGGCGCCCCACUCGAAGAUCGUGAAGAACAUAUCCACGGACUACGCGGUGGACAUCACCCUGCGACUGCAGACGAAGCCCGGACUGGGCGUCUUCGAGUCCACGGUGCGGAUGACGGGCUACACGACCGUUCUCACGGGCACCAUCAGCCGGCUGAAUCUGUACGGAAGCCAGAGCUACUGCCUCAACGAUCCGGCCCUGAAGAUGUUCUGCUAUUGCCACAGAUAAGGCGACCAUGAAAAUGGGCUCCUUCGUUAUGGGGUGUUUGACGUCAAAGACUUAAACCCAUUAACGUAGCCUUAGCCAUAAAACCUAGUUUAUUUCUAUGAAAUAGCCGAAGUUUGUAAAAAAUAUUAAUCCAAUUUUAGCCUUGCCGUAAGAAGUUACAAGUCUUAUGCACCUAAAUAGUCUCGUUAGUGUAGCGGUUUUUGUUUACUUCCCAUUUACUUUGAGGACAAUAAACUGAAUAAACUAAUAUUCGUAA